AUGCGUCGCGUCCUGGACCUUUUGCCCCGCCUGCGGGCGGCUCGGCCUCAGACAACCUGCCAUCCCCACUGGCGCGCCGUGGAGCGGUCCUGCAAGGGCGGCUGUGACCCGGCCCCGGCUAGCUUGGAGGCCGCGCCCGUCACCCCAGAGGAAAAUCAGUUGAGGCAGAAGCCGCAAGCCCACACAACCCGGCAGGCCAGCCACUGGGCCGCCUUUGCAGACGCCGCGGCGGGAGCAGCCAACGUAUCCUGGCAAGCGUUUCAAGGCGCGUUGCCCGCCGCAGAGUUGGCUUCUUUGAGUCUGCUCGAAAUCAAGAUCGACUACGCCACUCGCCGCGGCGGCAGCGCUUCGAUAACCAGCCAGCAGAAGAAGUCGCUGACGCGGGCCGUCUGGAAGGCGAGCGACGUGGAAGGCCAGCUCCCCAGCCCCGGCGCGCCGGGCCUUCAACUACCUCUGCGAGCGCAACCUUUCUACCGGGCGCUGCUCGCUCGCCACCGGGGCUUGCUGGCGGAACACCGCGCCUCGGCGGACCAGAGCUGGCGCGGCGUGCCCGCGGCAGAACUCCUCCUCAACCUGCCAGGCGUGGAAGUCGCGGCGCGACCCUGGCUUUACCCAAGCAUGGCCUUCGGGGACACGGACAUCUCCCUGCGCCUCAAGGCCACGGGCCACCUGGACGUGACAGCCGCUCCGAGCCCGAAAGCGCACUGGAUGCGAAAGCUGUUGAGUGGCUGCGAAGACUUCCGGCGGGACUACCACCUCCAAGCCUUGCUCUACAAUGUCUGCGGUGGCAGCCGUGGCCGCCGCCAAUGGUCUGGCGCCAGACGAAGCCGAGAGUGGCCGCCAAGUAGCUGGAGAUGA